AUGGCGCUCAACAAUUUCCUCUUCGCGCAGUGCGUCUGCUACUUCCUGGCCUUUCUGUUCAGCUUCGUGGUGGUGGUGCCGCUGUCCGAGAAUGGCCACGACUUCCGCGGCCGCUGCCUGCUCUUCACCGAGGGCAUGUGGCUGAGCGCCAACCUGACGGCGCAGGAGGGCGAGCGCUUCACCGUGCAGGAGUGGGGCCCGCCGGCCGCCUGCCGCUUCAGCCUGCUGGCCAGCCUCCUCUCGCUGUUGCUCGCCGCGGCGCACGCCUGGCGCACGCUCUUCUUCCUCUGCAAGGGACACGAGGGCUCCUUCCUCCACGCCUUCCUGAACCUGCUGGUCAGCGCCUUCGUGGUCUGCCUGGUCUUCAUCGCCAGCACCAUCGUGAGCGUGGGCUUCAGCAUGUGGUGUGAUGCUGUCACUGAGAAGGGCACCGUGCCCCACAGCUGCGAAGAGCUCCAGGACAUCGAUUUGGAACUGAACGUGGACAACUCCGCCUUCUAUGAUCAGUUCGCGAUGGCCCAGUUCGGCCUCUGGGCCUCGUGGCUGGCCUGGUUGGCCAUCACCAUCCUGGCCUUCCUGAAAGUCUACCAUAACUACCGCCAGGAGGACCUGCUGGACAAGCUGGUCCACGAGAAGGAGCUGCUGCUGGCCAGGCCGGCCCCCCACGCCUCCUUCCAGGGCGAGAAGAGCGCCGUCAUCUAG